AUGGAGAAAGGCGGGGGAGCAGGAGGGUUCUGGCAUCAGAGGGCAGAGGCCAGGGGUGCAGGUCUGAGGAGCACCAGGUACCAGCUGCUUCACCGCUCGCCCGGCCGGCUCGCCAUCCGCGUGGCCCGCGUGACGGCCCAGGACGAAGGCGUGUACAAGUGCCUGCACUACGGGCGCGCCGUGAGCACACAGCGGGUGCGCGUGGUCGUCCUGGCAACUCCUUUCAAGUCAACCCUGGAAGCUUCAGUCAUCAGAAUGCCAAAUAGAGAAGAACAAGUUAUACUUAAAUGCUCCACCGUGAGAAGCAAGCCCCCUCCCCAGAUCACUUGGCUGUUAGGGAACCACACGGAGCUCCAUGGUGAAACCUACCAUGAAUUUGAAGGUGACGGGAAGAAAUGCAACAGCAGCAGCACACUCCGAGUGAGCGCCGACGGCAGAAACUCCACCGUGGGCUGCGUGAUCCGGCACAGGGGCCUCCGAGGACGAAGGCUGGUAGCCUCCUUCCGCUUGGAAGAUCUGGUUACUGAUCCAAAGACAGCUCCAGAGGCCCCUGGGAAGAGCUCUGCACCCUCUCAAGACGCCCAGCAGUCCACCAGCACCGUUGCAGGAACGGAGGGUUUUAGUACAACAGAGAUUGACAAGGGAGAGGAAGGACGAGCCACUCAAGACCCGGAUUUGACCACUGGCGCAAGUCCGCAGCACAUGGGGUUGGCAAGGAGGAAGAGCGGCAUCCUGCUGCUCACCCUGGUGUCCUUCCUCAUAGUCACCCUCUUCAUCGUCGUCCAGCUCUUCAUAAUGAAGCUCCGCAAGGCGCACGUGAUAUGGAAAAAGGAAAAUGAAAUUUCAGAACACACUCUAGAAAGUUACAGAUCAAGGUCAAAUAAUGAAGAAACAUCAUCCCAGGAGAAAUAUGGCCAAACUUCCCGUUCGAAGAGCUGCAUGGACUACAUCACACAGCUGUACUCAGAAGCAAAAACACACAGGAAGAAAAACACCCAACAUACAAAAUUAAAAGGAAAGCAGGCCUGGAUACCAGAGAGCAUUGUGUAG